CAGUAGAUGAAAUUUGUAAUGUGUUGAGGACUGCAUUUAUGUGUGUAUGAGUUUGUAUGAGCACUAUAUAUUUUUGCUAUUGUAUGUCUUGAUGUCAUUUUUGAUGUUGCAGGCUGAGUAUGUCCAGCUUGUCACAGAGCUUAGAAUGACAAGAGCCAUUCAGCCUCAGAUAAAUGCCUUUUUACAAGGCUUCCAUAUGUUCAUUCCACCAUCUUUGAUCCAGCUUUUUGAUGAAUAUGAACUGGAGCUUUUGUUGUCUGGUAUGCCAGAAAUUGAUGUGAAUGAUUGGUUAAAAAAUACGGAGUACACCAGUGGCUAUGAGAGAGGAGACCAAGUUAUUCAGUGGUUCUGGGACGUUGUGGAAGAACUAACUCAGGAAGAGAGAGUAUUACUAUUACAGUUUGUUACUGGCAGUUCCAGGGUGCCUCAUGGUGGCUUUGCCCAUAUAAUGGGUGGCAGUGGAUUGCAAAAUUUUACAAUUGCUGCUGUGCCAUAUACUGCAAAUCUUUUGCCAACAUCAAGCACAUGUAUCAACAUGCUCAAGUUACCUGAAUACCCAAGUAAAGAAAUCCUUAAGGACAGGCUUCUUGUGGCAUUGCACUGUGGAAGCUAUGGUUACACAAUGGCAUAAUGAAGUACAGAAAACUCAUCUGACUACUGAUGUUCAGAGUGGCAGAAGUAAUUUUGGAAACUGUCAAUAGAAAAGCAGCUUAGAUGCUGCAGCCCGUUGGCAGGGCUGGGCUUCAGAAUUCAUACAGGAUCAUCAUUUCCUCCAUUAUGUGUUGUCAAAGUAACCAAUACUGUCACAACAAACUUCUCAGUGUUUUCAUUUUUUUAAAUGACAGAUCUGUGUGGAAAUCAGUUUACAUGCUUUUCAUUAUUACUUCAGUCUAAAUCAUAAAGUUUGUCAGAAUCUUUCCACACUUUUGAUUUUCAACUAUAUGGUUGAAUGACAUCUGCGUUUUAGUUUGCUUUGCCCUCAGAUUGCAUACUGCUAAUGGACAGACUUGUACUUUAUGCCUUGUUGCAUGUGAAAGUGCCGUUUAUUUUUGCGGAGAACGCUAUAGAAAGUUCAAUUUGGAUAUUGUACAGUAAGACAGAUCUGAUGUAUUUUCCAUUUCUUUGCAUAGUAACAGAAAUAAAAUUUUAUAACUUUUUAGUAUUUUAAUGUAUAUAGUAUGUAAAGAUUAGACUGUUAUCACUGGAAAAAAUAACAGAUGAAGUUAAUAUCUAAUUUAUAUUCGAAUUUACAAUAUAUUCUACAAAAUAUUUAAAGUAUUUGUGACUUUAUAGUCAACUUGCAGUUUAGAAUUUGUAAAUAUUAUUUAAGAUCAAUAUCCAUUUGUUUGAAUGCCUUUACUUUUUCC